AUGUUGGAGUCUCAUCAUACAAACCUGAGGAGGGUGACUUACAUUGUGUUGGAUGAGGUAGAUAGGAUGCUUGACAUGGGUUUUGAACCUCAAAUGAAAAAAAUUGUUUCACAGAUUCGACCAGAUCGUCAAACCUUGUAUUGGAGUGCUACAUGGCCAAAGGAAGUCGAACAACUUUCAAACAGUUUCUUUACAACCCAUACAAAGACAAUUGCACUCGUUGUUCGACAGUUUCUUGAUGAUGAUGAUGAUGAUGAAUAUGAAGAUGAUCGUGAUGGCAAUCGUCUUUUGGAAUUCAUGUUUGGAAAUAUCGAUGGGGCUGUCGAUCUUGAUAUUGAUUACCUUGAACAAGUUGGUGGUUUGCUAAAUAAGAAGCUUAAAAUAUUGAAUGGUGGAAUGAAUAUUAUGAAGGUUGGAAAUACAAAGAAAAAUGCAAGAGAGAGUUUUGCAUAUGGAGCUUGUGGUCAGCAAGCCAAAGAACAAAAGAUUGGUUACUCCAGAGACUCAGAUCAGAUGUGUCGCCAAGAACCUCGUGUUAUUUUGUCUGACUACCCAUGUGUCCCAUUGGAGGAAGCUCAAGGCAAUAUAGAUACUGUGAGCAAGUUCAUAGGUUUAGAGUCCUUAAGUGGUGUUAUUAAGGAAGAGUGGAGACAAGUGAGGCACACAUUUAAAAAAAUCAACACAAAUCUUGUUUACAGUGAGGCACACAUUAGGGUUUUAGCGCACAUACAGAAACGCGUCAGUCUUAAGAACAUGGCUAGUAGUAAUGUUGUCGACGUGUCAACUCUCCAUGUCGACAAAGAUGAGAGCUAUCUUGACUCUGAGAAAUACGCCGAAGAACUGCAGCUUCAAGAAGCUCUCAUAUAUUCAGAAGCAUCAAUAUCAUCCUCUUCAUCCCAACAGGAUGCAUCAUCAACAUCAUCUCAAAUCGAUGCAUCAUCAACGACAUCAUCAUCAUCAUCCGAAAACGAUGCAUCAUCAACAUCAUCAUCAUCAUCCCAAAAUGAUACAUCGUCAACGCCAUCGUCAGCAUCUCAAAAUGAUGCAUCAUCAACAUCGUCGUCGUCGUCAUCCUUAAAGGAUUCAUCAUCAUCAUCAUCAGUACCAUCAAUUCCUGCAACAUCCACACCUACAAACGCAUUGAAGAUGAAGGAGCCAGUGGUGACAUCUGAAGCAUCGCAAUUAUCCGAGAGCUUCUUCUGCGAAAUUUGCAUGGACACAAAGUCCUCAUCGGAAAUGUUUUCAAACGCAACAGUUUGCGGCCAUCCGUACUGCUCUGAUUGCAUAUCCGGACACGUAUCUGCGAAGAUUAAAGAGAACAUGACGAGUGUGAAGUGUCCGGACCCAAAAUGCAAAGAGGUAAUUGGCCCUGAACAUUGUCGAGCCAUAGUCCCAAAAGAAGUACUUGAAAGGUGGGAGGAAGCUUUGUGCGAGUCUUUGAUCCUGGGUUCUGAGAAAUUCUACUGCCCGUUUAAAGAUUGUUCAGUCAUGUUGGUGGAUGAUGGUGGAGAGUCUGUGACAUCGUCAGAAUGCCCAAACUGCCACAGAUUGUUCUGUGCGCAGUGUAAGGUGGCAUGGCAUUCAGAGAUGGAUUGUAAUGAGUUUCAAAGCCUGAAUGAGGAUGAGAGAAAUCCAGAGGAUAUAAUGUUGAUGCAGCUUGCUAAGAGCAAAGAAUGGAGAAGGUGCCCAAGCUGCAAUAUUAUUGUGGAAAAACAAGACGGUUGUCAUCGCAUUUCUUGCAGAUGUGGGAAUCAUUUUUGUUAUGGAUGUGGGAAAAUACAUGUUGGAAGCUACGCUUGUGAUGUUUGAUUUGGCAUGAUGGUGUUGUGUAGAUUUUUGGAUUUAUUUAUCAUUUUAAACCAUAACUAAAGUGAUACAUUCUAAUUGCACAUUCUUGCUUUUUAAAAUUUCCUAUGGUUUCUUAAGAUAAUAUAAAGGUACGACGAAAAUGUUUAUUGGAACAUAUAUGUAUCUUAGACCAUGCAUGUUUAUUGGUCUGUUG